AUGAAGAUAAUUAUAAAAGAACUAACAAAUUUAAUAUUGUGUAGAAAAUGGGUACACAAUGUAAGAUAUAUAGGAAGCAAUAAAAAUAUAGAACAAUGUUUAGAUGGAAUGAAAGAAAAAGGAAAUAAUAUAAACAUAUUAAGCCUUGUAAUAAGUAAUAAUAAUUUGUGUUAUUGUUUAUUAAAAAAUAAAAAUAUAAAAAAAAUAGGGCUGAUUAAUAUAAAAAAAGAUAAUUAUUCAUAUGAUCCAAAUUUUUUAUCAAGUUCAAAAAAAGAAGAAAAAAAAAUAAAUAGAAAAAAUCAUAAUUUAAAUUAUAAUUAUGAUAAAGAAGAAAGCCCCUUAAGUUUUAAUAUUAGAGAAAUAUUAACAGUUUUGAAUUUUAUUAAAUUAUAUUCCAAAAAGCAAGAUGAUUCAAAUAAAGAACAUGUCCAAAAGCAAAACGAAGAUAUCCCAAAGCAAAACGAAGAUAUCCCAAAGCAAAACGAAGAUAUCCCAAAGCAAAACGAACAUAUCCCAAAGCAAAACGAAGAUAUCCAAAAGCAAAACGAAGAUAUCCAAAAGCAAAACGAAGAUAAUAUAUUAACAUAUGGGAAAUCCGAAAUUUGUCAAAAGGAAGAUAAAAAUUUAGAAGAAAAAAAAUGGGAUGAUGAAAAUAAAAUAAGUAAGAAUAAUAAUACUGAACAAUGGGUUAUAGGUAUUGAAAAAAUAAAUGAAAAAUAUGAAAAAAAUAAAAUAAAAGAAAAAAUAAUGUCUAUUAUUGUUUAUUUUUUACAAUCUAUUUUUAAAUGUAAAAUAAUUUUUUUAUGUCCAAAAGAAGCCAGAAAAUAUCUUAGCAUAAAAUGUAAUCAUAAUUUAAAUAAUCGAGAAGAAACAUAUACAUUUAUAAAAAAUAAAAUAAAAAAUUUCCCAAGCAUAGAAAAUCAUAAUAAUAAUAGCAAUAUAAACUUGUUAUUUAGUGAUGCAUAUGUUAUAUCAUUUUACACAUAUAGAUAUUAUAUGCAUGAUAUUAUAAAAAAUAAUAGACUAAUUUUUAACUAUUUAGAAAAACAAGUUAAAAAAAAUAAAAGCUUUAAUCAUAUUUUGCAAACAUUAAAAAAAACCCAAAAUGAACAAAAUAAAAUGGAUUUAUCUGAUUUGCUAAAAAACAAAAUUAAUAGAAUAGUUGAAAAUGAGGCAUACAAGCUUGUUGACAAAUAUUUGGUCUAG